GGUGGGGUGGGCUGGGGGGCUCCAUGGGCAGCUCCCGCCGCCAUGGUCAUCGCCCUCGGCAGCGGCCGCCUCUCCGGUGAGCUCCGGCCCCUCGGCGGCGAGGAGCCGCGGGCGCUGGGCGGCGGUAGGAUGAUCGCCGGCUCCUGGCCGCCCCGCAGCCUGGCCAAGCUGGGCCCGGCGGGCGCCCCGUCGGAGCUGCCCCCCACCGGCCCCGCGGCCGCCAACGACUCGCAGUGCGGGGAGCAGAUCCUGAGCUACGGCAACGUGGAGAAGGUCGUCAUCGGGGCCGUCCUCUCCCUCAUCACCCUGCUGACCGUCGCCGGCAACUGCCUGGUGGUCAUCUCCGUCUGCUUCGUGAAGAAGCUGCGGCAGCCCUCCAACUAUCUCAUCGUCUCGCUGGCCCUGGCCGACCUCUCGGUGGCCCUGGCCGUCAUGCCCUUCGUCAGCGUGACCGACCUCAUCGGCGGCGAGUGGAUCUUCGGGCGCCUCUUCUGCAACGUCUUCAUCGCCAUGGACGUCAUGUGCUGCACGGCCUCCAUCAUGACCCUCUGCGUGAUCAGCAUCGACAGGUACCUGGGAAUAACAAGACCUCUCACGUAUCCUGUAAGGCAGAACGGGAAGUGUAUGGCCAAAAUGAUCCUGUGUGUAUGGCUCUUAUCUGCCUCUAUCACCAUACCCCCGCUCUUUGGUUGGGCCAAAAAUGUAAACGAUGAAAAGGUUUGUUUGAUCAGUCAAGACUUUGGCUACACAAUUUACUCCACAGCAGUUGCGUUUUAUAUCCCAAUGUCAGUGAUGCUUUUCAUGUACUAUCAGAUUUACAAAGCUGCUAAGAGGAGUGCUGCCAAACACAAGUUUGCUGGUUUUCCCCGGCCAGAAGAAAUGGAAGGGAUUUCUGUGAAUGGAGCUGUAAAACUGCACAAGGAAUCCGAAGAAUGUACUAACUUUUCACGACUCCUGAAGAACGACAAGAAAAACAUUUCCAUCUUUAAGAGAGAACAGAAAGCUGCCACUACACUUGGAAUUAUUGUUGGGGCUUUCACCGUGUGCUGGCUGCCGUUUUUUCUCCUCUCAACUGCCAGGCCCUUUAUCUGCGGUACAGCGUGCAGCUGUAUCCCACUGUGGGUUGAGAGAACAUUUCUAUGGUUGGGUUAUGCAAACUCCCUCAUUAACCCUUUUAUAUAUGCCUUCUUCAAUCGGGACCUGAGGACAACUUACCGCAACCUCCUGCAAUGCAGAUAUAGAAAUAUCAACCGGAAACUAUCGGCUGCAGGGAUGCAUGAGGCUCUGAAGCUUGCAGAAAAACCAGAAUUUGUUCUGAGAAGUUCUGAUUUCUCCAGGGAAAAAGAGUCCUGACUCAUGACCUGCAUGAAAGCAGCCAGAAAAAAAGCCAAGCCAGAACUGGAAGAAGGAAAAUGAAAAGUUGGCUUCUGAAGAAAUGGAUAGAUUUAUGAAACGUACUUCAUCUUCUUUUGAUAGGAAUGCACUAAAAUACUCGAUGAGCUCAAUACAUUACAUUAAAUACAUUUCUAUUGGAAGUAGUCACAUCUUGUUUGUUAUGGAGAAAAGUGCUGCUAUAUAAAAGUGAAAAUAGUUUUCUGCCUGAGAAAGCCAAAUCAUUUCAGCAAUAAAAGUUUGGCACAUGGGGUGGGAAAGAAAUGCAACUAAAAUUCAAAGACAAAGUGCUGGGCAGAUUUCCACUGCGUUAAAUGAUGUAGGAAAGAUUCAUUUAUGUUUACCAUGCUUGUUGAUCCUAACUUCGGUUUUAAUAUUCAGGAUCACCAGUGAUAUCGAAUGUAUUUUGUUUUACUACAAAAAGGUAUUUUCAAGCACAUGUUAGGUCUGUGGAUGCUUUUAAGGCCUGUGUUAAAGAGAUUCUCUGCACCUGGAACAGGAUCCACAAAGGCAACAAUAAAGGACUGAUUUUGUAAAAGUGUUCCAUCGUAAUACAUGAAUGCCUGUUUACUUGGUAAGGUGAGCAUGGCUUGUUGGUCUAGUUCCUAUCUGCUAAGGAGAAAAGCUGCCUUCAGUUACACAGUGGCAAAGGUUAAAGGACAGAAUUAGAACACACACAUUACACCAUGGUUAAUUUACAAAUGGGGUUGCUUUGUUUUAAUGUAAUUUUUGUGAUCUGCCAAAUUAUAGAAUAAAAGCAUAAUUGUUAUAGUUAUUUCAAUUAUAAAAAAAAGUCUGGAGAAUUUCCAUAGCAUUUUGCUUUUUGUCUUGCUGGCUAGCUAGAUGAGACAAUUAAGAAGCCUGUUACUUUUUUCUUUUUUUUCUUUUUUAAACAUGUCUCUUUAAAUAUUCAUUCUGGAAUCCAGGGUCCCAGAUAGAUGAUAUAAGCGACAUUUUCUCUAUUGCUACAAAAUGAACAGUCAAUGCAUCUGCCUCUAUCCAAGCACAGAACAUGGAGCAACAGAACAAAAUGAGUUUACAUCUCUGUGUAUGUUUAUUUUACAGCUAAAAUAAAACCCUCUGAAUUGACAAAAAUAAUAGGCAAUUGUUAAUGAACAUCUGUCCCAUGGAAAACUGAUUCAACGAAUCCUUAAAUAUAACUUUUUUUUUUUUUUUGAGCUUCUCAUAUUCAUUUUCCCUCAGAAUUUCUAAAUUACGUGGGGUUACAUAAUUCACUGUACAGUGGGACACAUCGUUCCUAAAGGCUCUCUUCUUUAAAGUUACAUCUGUAUGAGCACUCAGCUUAAUUCCAUAGCUGUAUUAUUUCUGGCAAUUUAAUCUUUUACUUGCAGUUCAACCAAAACAGCUCCGGUAAGUCAUCCACUGACUUACCCCAUCCCUGGAGGUGUUCAAGACCAGGUUGGACGAGGCCCUGAACAACCUGAUCUAAUGGGUGGCAUCCCUGCACACGGCAAAGGAGUUGGAACUAGGUGAUCUUUAAGGUCCCUUCCAACCCAAGCCGUUCUAUACUUCUAAGGCCAUACAUGCCAUUACAGCUUUGGUUUUUGUUCUUUACAUUAAUAUACAAGUUCAUAAUAGUUAUCUGGAUAAGAAGAAACUGUGAAAACCAGCAAAUGUCAGUUCAUUACUUCUGAGUAAGAGCUAAAUAUGGAAAGCAAUUCAUUCAGUAUUAAGCCUAUGUAAAACCUGGGACAGAGAGCUCACUAUGCUGACACCCCAAACCAGUUCUUGUAAUUACACAAGAGCAUACCAGAGUAGCAUAGUUUCAGUACUAGGUCAGCAAGACUAUUUUCAUUACUUCAUCGAUAAAACUAACCACUGUGAACUCUGCAUUUGAAAUGAGUCUUAUAAUUUAUUUCCUAAAGGGAAUGAAAAAGCAAUGUUUUUUACUUCGUUAGCCCAAGGUAUUUAGCAGAAAAUGGGACAGUUAUUGUCAACGACUAAUGGACCAGUUCUGAUUGAAUUACUUGAGAAUAUAUUCAAAGAAACCAAGCUGAAGUCAGAGUUACACUGGCUAAAAAAAAUAUUGUAACUGGACUUAAUGGGAUAGGGAGAAGGUAGAUCCUUAAGUAGGACAAUAAAAAAAGUCUGUAAAUACAUACAUAUAACAACACACAUCCAUCCCUUGUAUUUUAGAAUCAUACUGCCUCUUGAAAAGAAGAAAGUAAAUAUAUUAUCAUCUAAGAAGCAUCUGUAUCUUUUAAUAUCUAUUAAAUUCCCAGAAUCAUUAAAAAAAGAUGAGAAUAUCUUAGAAUAAGUUGUGGUAUUAUGGACCUAUAAAGUUAUGGUCUGAUUUUUUAUUUAUUUUUUUCUCCAUAAAGAAUUUUUCAUCUAAGAGUUUUCAGACAGGUAAUCACAAAAGAACACUACAAAGUGCUGAUACUUUGUCAUACAAGAUGAACCUCAUUUUUUCCUACUGUAACUGUCAGGUCUGUCACCUCUCUCAAACCAACGCACAAACCCACACAGUAACUAGGAGAGUCACUCAAGGAUAAGAAUGUAUUCAAGACUAGCGAGUCAAGUGUGCAAUAUUUUAGAGGGUUAGAAAAGUAGGGCUAAUCAAAAGAAGUCAAGACAUUAGAUUAUCUAUAGGGAUAAUGAGUUUAGCUUUCAACAGUUUCUGUAACCAGUAGUACAAAAGCAGUACAUGCACCUGCCUUACACUGAGAUAAUCCAAGUCUCCAGCUAUAAAUCUAACAGACUGAACAGAGCUGAAAACAAGGCUCAGACUCAGUUCUGGAUCUACAGAAGAUGCUUUUCUAGCUCUGUCACGAAACUUGUCCUGGGAUGUGAUAGUCACAAAGCUGUCUUCUGGUAUUUAUCAAAUUUGUCAAUUUUAACAAAUAAAAUGUGAGCUGGGGCUCACCCCAGCUUUCCAAAUGAGGAAGUAAUUUCUUCAAAGAAAAACAAAAAUUGCAUGGAAGAAUCUUCAAGUCUUAAGAUUAUUUAGACAAAUAAGAAUUUACAAAUUGACAAUGCUAGGAAAAUUAAAAAAAAAAAAACACUUUACCCCUUUUCUAUAUCAAUACUGUAUUUUUCUAGCUUCAGCUCUAGAUACCUUUUAAAUCUAAUAUAUGAGGUUUCUGUAGCACAUCAUCACUAAGUGAAAGAAUCAGGUUAUAGCAGUUAGAGUUCUUUUCUUUUCUUUCAAGAUGCAACUGUCCUCACAAAAAGGAGGAAUACACUCAGCUGUAUGCAUUAUGCUCAGAGAAAACAUGAUAAUAUGACUGUUUCCUACUGGGCCAGAAAUAUUACAUCAUUAGUACGUACAGGGGAAAUGUAUAGAUAGGGAAAAGUACAGACUAAUUAGUUUUAAAGAGCAUGGGAAUAUAACCAUUGUAAUCUAACCCCAGAGAAUCUUUUAGGCCUCAUUACUGUUUAUAUUCUCUUGCCUCUCAGAUAAGGUAAGUCUCCUGAGCAGCUAGUCCUCCAAUAUCCAUUUCUUGUUAAUCUAUUUGUUCCUUCCUAUAACACUCUCUUUCUUCUCUGAAGUAGUUAUCAGCACUGUUACCAUACUUGAAUAUUUUUGAGAGGUUAUCACUAUCCCAGAUUAAGCCAGGACUGACUGCCUCUAAUUCUCAGCAGUAUCUGCUUAACAAGAGGCAGCUAGUUAGGUUUUUCAUUGUUUCAGCACAAAGACCUACAGCUGCCUGAAUGCACCAAGUAGUCCCAGUUGUCAUGGCUAUAUGUCUACAUAGGCCAAUGGUUGCUCUGGAAAAUUCUGACCAAAAAGAACAUAAGCAAAAUUUAAGAGGAGUGAAGCAGGUAGACAAAGUCUCCUAACUAGCAGUUAAACUCCCUUAAACUCCUCAAAGUUAUUUUAUUAUUAUUUUUAUUUUAACUCUGCAUGUCCUCAAAAUCUG